GGAUUUUUCUACGGCACCUAGCCUUAUCGAUGCUUUCUUCAAUGAUGAAAAUGCAAACAACCCAUUGCGUAGUCUCAAACCAAAGAAAUCCAAGAACAUCGGUGUUUUUGGGCUCCAUUGCAUCCUUACAUGCAUAAUAAAGCUGACUUUGGAUACCCUGUACGGAUCAUUGACACGCCAGGAUUUGGCGACUCUCAGUUACGAGACUCUGAGUUCUUUCCAAUGAUCCGUGAACAGCUCAUUGAUUUGAUUCAACAACCUCUCGACCAAGGCGGUGGCAUUCACUGUAUUUUCCUCGUUUACAAAAUGACAUCCAGUAUCGAUGCCAUCUUUACGAGCUUAAAUAUAUUCCAUGAAUUAAUCCAGCCAUUCACGGGUGUAUGGGAGAACGUUGUUCUCGUAUUUACACACGCUGAACCGAGCACUUUACAUUACCAUCAACAGUACAAGAUGAAGCUAAAGACCAAAGUGAGCUUGCAGAUCAAGGAAAAAUACCAACUCACUAAGGCGUUGCCCAUGGUGUUUCUCAGUACGCAGACGUACACAUGCAGCUAUCUCAAAGGACUCGGAGAGUGCGAUUGUGAGCGAGGCCAUCGAUACCACGCCGAUUGCCGCCGGCGCUUAUAUGAACAAGUGAAAAUUCGAAGCACUCGUCCUUUUCAUUUGGAUGAUUGUGAAUACCCCCCUUCUUCCCUGUCACCGACCAUGGAAAUGUCCACCAUCCAAGAGAGCAGUCUAAUGGAAUAAAUUUUCCUCAUUUGAUUUGCCUAAUGACUCGGCUUUUUUCGUACUCCGCGCUGACGUAGUCGUAAGCAGCUUACAGUGCUCGAAAUUACGCACUGUCUUUUUUCGUAUCUUCACAAUCUAAGUUCCCCUUCAUUGACCAUGCCUGCGAAAAAAGAAGGAAUCAAAUCUUAUUAUCAAGCUAAAAUUGAAGAAUGCGAGCUGAUUAUCAAUGAUAAAGCUCAAGAUUUGAGACGCUUGGAAGCACAACGCAAUGCCCUCAACGCCAAAGUUCGUCUUUUGAAGGAAGAAUUACAGCUUUUGCAAGAACCCGGUUCGUAUGUCGGCGAAGUGGUUAAAGUGAUGGGCAAGA